AUGGUGGUCGUUAACAACCUGGUCAUCUGCAACACUCUCUCAGUGUUCGGGAUCGCGACCAACGGCAUCAACAUGGUCAUCUUUCUCAAGCAGGGCCUCGACAACUCCGUGAACAUCAGCCUCUUCGGCAUGUCCGUCUCCGACACGCUCAGCCUCGUGACGCUCUUGUGGUACAACGUCUGCCUGAAUCCGCUUUUCUUUAACGCCGGGCUGACCGUAGACCCCAUUGAGCUCCAGCACCUCACGGGGUGCUACCCCCACGACUGUUUCUCGAGGAUCACGUGCCUCAUCACCCUGUACAUCACGGCCGAACGCUGUCUGUGCAUCGCCUUGCCCCUCAAAGUCAAUCAGAUCGUGACUCCGGCGAGAACAGCCGUGGUUGUGUGGCUUCUGUUCCUUCUUAUGAUCUCCCUUCUGAUCCCCGAAUACGCCUAUCUUCGCAUCGACUGGAAGUAUUUCCCGCAGUUUAACAAGACGCUGAUGGGGCUGGUGCCGAGAACGGAAUAUUCCGACAUGAUGGGUCUCACGGCCAUCCUGUACGCCACGGUUCUGCUCGUGUCUUUCGUCGCCGUGAUUUUGCUGACAAUCCUUCUGAUCUACAAGCUGCGAACAAAGCAAAAAUGGCGGAUGGAAGUGACGUCAGACGCCACACAGCAAGAGACGAUCUCGCUUCGCAACAAGAAAACAAUCGCCAUGGUCGUGCUGAUAGCCAUCGUCCUCAUCGUCUGCUCCACUCCAAUUGUUAUUGUUUACAUUUGGAUGUUUCUGGACGUCGAAUUUUCCUUCACGGGCACCUACAGUUGGCUGUACUUUGCCAUAGGGUCGUUUGCGCAAGUGUUCGAGGUACUAAAUGCUAGUAUCAACAUAAUUAUGUUUUACACUAUGAGUAGCAAGUAUCGAGAGACUUUCUCUCAAGUUUUUGGACGCUGUGCAAAAUCCACCAC